UUCAUGGGAUGCCAUAUAAAGCGCGUUCCGCCGGGCCGGCCGCGGCUCCGGGAGCUCCCGGGACGCGCGGAGCGGAGCCGCCGGUGCCCCGGUACCGCCGGGCCAUGGAGCCGCCGGGCCCCGCCGGGGCUCCGGGGCGGCCCUGGGAUGAAGCCAAGGCUUUCUACGACAACCUCGCCCCCAAAAAGAAGCCCAAAUCGCCCAAGCCUGAGAACGCCAUCACCAUCGCCGUGUCCUCGCGGGCGCUGUUCCGCAUGGAGGAGGAGCAGCGGAUCUACACGGAGCAGGGCGUGGAGGCCUACGUGAAAUACCAGCUGGACCACGAGAACGAGCCCUUCCUCCCCGGGGCCGCCUUCCCCUUCGUCAAGGCUCUGGAGGCAGUGAAUGCCCAGCUCCGGGAGCUCUACCCCGACAGCGAGGAGCUCUUCGACAUCGUCCUCAUGACCAACAACCACGCCCAGGUUGGGGUUCGCUUGAUCAACAGCAUCAACCACUACGAUCUGUUCAUCGAGAGGUUCUGCAUGACGGGAGGGAACAGCCCCAUCUGUUACCUCAAGGCCUAUCACACCAACCUCUACCUCUCCUCCGACGCCGAGAAAGUGAGUGGGGCCAUUGAAGAGGGGAUUGCUGCAGCCACCAUCUUCAGCCCCAGCAGGGACCUGGAGGUGUCGGAGAAGCAGCUGCGGGUGGCGUUCGACGGGGACGCCGUGCUCUUCUCCGACGAGUCGGAGCAGAUCGUGAAGGCUCACGGCCUGGACAUGUUCUUUGAGCACGAAAAGGCUCACGAGAACAAGCCCCUGGCCCAGGGCCCCCUGAAGGGCUUCCUGGAGGCGCUGGGCAAGCUGCAGAAGAAGUUCUACUCCAAGGGGCUGAGGCUGGAGUGCCCCAUCCGCACGUACCUGGUGACGGCGCGCAGCGCGGCCAGCUCGGGGGCCCGCGCCCUAAAGACUCUGCGCAGCUGGGGGCUGGAGACGGACGAGGCUCUGUUCCUGGCGGGGGCUCCCAAGGGCCCCGUGCUCAGGAAGAUCCGGCCCCACAUCUUCUUCGACGACCAGAUGUUCCACGUGGAGGGCGCGCAGGAGAUGGGCGCCGUGGCCGCCCACGUGCCCUACGGCGUGGCCCAGAAGCACCAGAGGCCGGCCCAGGAGAAGCAGCAGACCCCAAACAGCAAAUAGUGGGGCUGGGGGGGGGUCCCCCAAGCCUCACCCCAUGGGCCAGGCUCCCUGCUCGUGCUGCCACCCCAAGCAGGGGCAGGAGGGAGGAGGAAAAUGCCCUUGGUGCCUCUGCUCCUCGUGGGGCUGGGGGCUCCUCUGUGCCAGGAGAUGUUUUCCCAGUUUUUCCACGCACUCUGCACUUGCUUCAGGCAAAAAAAAAACCCCUCGAGGAUGGGUCUGCCUUGUGUGGAACCUUGGAGCUAUUUAUUUAAAACCCUCGGUGACUCCCAAAGACUUCUGGAUUUCCCAAGCAAAUGUUUAGGCUGAACUGGAAAAUUGGGAGCACUCAAAAACCUUCCAAGCAGCUUUGAGGCAAAAUUUUGUCCCUUUUAACUGGAAUUAGACUGUGAUAUUGUUCCUUCACAGCCCCAGCUGCUGCUCUCCAACCAGAAAAUACUCAGUGUCUGUCCUUUCACCAAGAUUUUGCCAGCUUAAAUUUGGAAAAAUAGAAACAAAUACUUAACAUACUAAAAAAAAAAAAAAAAUCCCGUUUCCUGCUUGGAGCUUUGGGCUGGUGUAUUGUUGGCCCAGGUUUUUAUAUGUGGGUUUCACACUUGCAUGAUUUAGCACUUAAAACUAAUAAUCUCAGUGAGCAUCCAAAGCCCAGCUUGUCCAAGGGCUGCAGACGCCUGCCCAGGGCUUGAAUUAAGUUAAAAGCAGGCCUUGAUAUAUUAGGGACAUCAUUUGAAGUCCAUUUAGGUAAAUCUGCAGAGAAUUUCAGCCCGGGGAUUUCAAUUAAAGGAUUUUUUCCUCCCUUUCCAGGCUGAGCCCAUAUGAGUUGAUAAUCUUUUUCUCCUCAGCUUCUUAAAACCUCUGGUGUUUCCUAAAAUAGACACUGUCUGUUAGCGAUGCUGUGAGAGAACCAAAUCUCUGAUUAAAAACCAGGAUGGGAAAUCAAUGGGAGAGAAACUGGUGUGAAAAUCACGCUGACGUUUCUGCUCAAAGCCCUGUCCCAAAGGAGACACUCGGGAGGAAAAUGUAAAGAUUGUUUCUUCCUUGUGGGUUUUUCUUUUCCUCUAUUUUAUUUUUUUUUUUUUGCACGACAUCCCACGGCUGAGCAGGAAGGGUGCUCACUAUUAUCAGACAGUUUUCUACAAAUUCCACGGGCUGAAAUUUUUCAAGUUGUGUGUCUGGCUCUUUCCAGGGAAGUUUCAGCUCAAACGGUGGGGCUGGAGCUGGAGUUGUCACCCUUUUGAGGAAUAUGUAAAUAACCAAGCUGUGAUGCCUUCAGUGGCCAGGGAGACUUUUCUCAUUGCACUAAAUCCUAAAUCCUGCUCUAGCAGUGAAAAGCAAAUUGCACUUUUUUCCCCCCAGAAGAAUUCUUUGGCAGGCUGUUAACUGUCACAUCUGGGUGACAAACACCUCGGAGGAAGGUCUGAAAUCCAAACAAACAAACGAAAAAUCUUGGGAGGAAUGAGUUUCUGAGUGUCACAUCCGCCAGCACUCAGGUUUAUAGAAAGGUCUUGUGUUUUUUUUUAAUGUGAACCCAAGAUUUUGGGAUCUGAACUGGAUCUUGGAGACCUUUCUGGCAGCUGGGAGGGGGAGCACAGCCAGUAAACAUUUCCAAGGUGUUUCCUGAAGAUGCUGGAAGGCCAGCCAAGCCCAGCUGGUGCAGGGGAGAGGAUGUUGCAGGAGGAAUGGAGUGGUCAGGCAGCCCUGGGGAGCAGGGCAGGCUGCCAGUGGGGCUGGGGACAGGGGGAUGUGUCCGUGGGGUGGUCCAGAGGAGAUGCUGGUGCUGCCAGGAGGAGAUGGAUGCCCAGGGAAGUAUUGGGUUGUGGUUUUGGGAUAGAACCCUGGAUUUUAACAGAUUCCUGCUGCUUCUCCAGGCCCUGAGGUGCACAGGGCUGGGUGCAAGCUGGGGACAGGGUUUUAGUGACCCUGCUGUGGCUCCUCCUGCUGCCAGGGCAGUUUAGGGGCUCCCUGGGAGGUGUGGGGCUCGGGAAAUGGGCCCCAGGUGAGCCAGACCUCCCCAAAUCCUCCCCGAGCAGGGAGGAUUUUCCAUUCCCACCGUGGCUGCCCCUUUUGCUUUUAUCCACGUGGCUUCCUCUGUUUGUGUUUUUUAUUUUUUCCUCCUCCUCCACUACAACUGGAGGACUCGCUGCUUGUGUGCUUCCCUCACACCCCGGGGCUGGGGGGUGUCCCUGGGCUCAUCCCUGGGAUGGGCACUGCUCCCACGGGGUCCUGCUGUCCUGGCUGACAACUGGACUUUUCCUGCUGUGUGUUGUUGCUGUGGAUUUCACUUCAUUGUCCCCCGGUGGUUUUUUGCCAUGUUAAUGGGAUCCCUCGGGGUGUUUUUCCGUAAUAAACCGUGUUGGUCCCA